GAACAUUUGAUAAAGUUAAACAUAAAAAUGUUCAAGAUAAUAUUAAACAAGAAUUAAAUGAACUUCUUGAUUCUUGGGUUGAUGAAAAUUGGACUUUAUUAAAUGAAAAUAUAAAUUACGAAAUUCAUUAUGAAUGUAAUGAAUUCACAGUUACUAUAGAACGUUUAAUUAUGGCUACUGUUAAAGAAUUAAAAUCGUUAUUAAAAUUAAAUUCUGUAAAAAUUAUCAAAAAGGGUAUUAUUAAUUUGAUAGAAUUAAAUGAAGAUGAAAUUUCAGAAACAGAAUCUGAAAAUUCAGAAGAAUCUUACGAUGAUUCAGAUUCUGAAGAAUCAGAAGAAUUAAUUAAAAAAGAAAUCGAAGUAGCAUGUAAGAAAUAUAAGAAAAAAAUCCAAACUCUGUUGAAUAAUAAUGGUUUUGAAUGUAGAAGUUAUGAAAAUGAGAAUGAAUUAUUUUACUCUGACCGUGAUAAAUAUCUUGUUGCUGAUUAUGAGAAUUUCAAAAUUUUUAUUUGUUGUAAAUUUAGAGAUUAUAAUAAUAUAGGUUUUAACGAUGUUGAAAGAACAAGUAGGUUUAUGAAAAGUUAUCAUAAGGAGGAUACUGGUGUUAUAGUAACAAACCAAAAUUAUUCAGAAAAUGCAUAUGAUCAAGCAUAUAAAAUGAAAAUUUUAGUGUGUCAAACACAAAAUUUAUUAGAAAAAAUUAAAAAAGAAAUAGAAC